GCAUAUGAGACGAGGUCCCAAUCCCAGUCAACAGACGCCGUACCGUAAGCCAACUCAUCAACGCAGUCUAUCAGUUCUGGUACUUCUCCACCUUGAGGCGCAUGUCCAGGGUGCCGCGGUUGUCGUGAAUGCGGGUCAAAAGAUCUCGGAAGGCAUCCCGGUCAAUAUCGUCAAUCCGUGAAAAGUCGAACGUGCAAUCAAGAUCCUUUGCGACUGCGAACACGCUCCGGGAGCUAUCACAGCAACUGGGUUUAUGUCCAGACACGAUUCAGCGGCUGGUCGUCAAGGGUGGAAAAGCGGGUUAUAAAAAACGCGUGCCUUUCAGUGUUAAGCGGGAGGCGUUGCCGAAGGCUAUCGCGACGUCGAAGCCCGCGAACAUGAACGGUUGGAAGGUUCCGCCCGUGGGUGGUCCGACGCCGGUUACCCAGCCUCCCAUUACGCAGGUUCAGGACUGCAAAACGGCGCGACAAGAUCAAGUCCCUGAUCGCCACGAGGGAAAAUGGUGGACUUUUCCAGGAACCAGUGGACUUUUUGGUGUUCUUUUCGAACUCCUUGAAGAAAAAGUCCACUGGAUUUUAUGCAGGAUUCUGGGGUUGCGGUGUGAUUGGUGUACUUUUUCUUAAGUUUUUCGAAUAAUAGAAAAGAAGCGAAAAAAAGG